GGAGAUGGGGGCAGGGGGCAGGAAAGAGGGUGCAAGCCCAACCUAGGGCGGUGGCCACAGCACUGAGAGGGGCAGACAGAGCCAGGAGCCUGGGCAGGAAGCAGGAUGGCAGCAGGGGCAGCGGCCGGAGCCUGGGUGCUGGUGCUCAGUCUGUGGGGAGCAGUAGUCGGCAGUCAAAACAUCACAGCCCGGAUCGGGAAGCCACUGGUGCUCAACUGUAAGGGGGCUCCCAAGAAACCACCCCAGCAGCUGGAAUGGAAACUGAACACAGGCCGAACAGAAGCUUGGAAGGUCCUGUCUCCCCAGGGAGGCCCCUGGGAUAGCGUGGCUCGUAUCCUCCCCAACGGCUCCCUCCUCCUGCCUGCUGUUGGGAUCCAGGAUGAGGGGACUUUCCGGUGCCGGGCAACAAGCAGGAAUGGAAAGGAGACCAAGUCCAACUACCAAGUCCGAGUCUACCAGAUUCCUGGGAAGCCAGAAAUUGUUGAUCCUGCCUCUGAACUCACGGCUGGUGUCCCCAAUAAGGUGGGGACAUGUGUGUCUGAGGGGAGCUACCCUGCUGGGACUCUUAGCUGGCACUUGGAUGGGAAACCCCUGAUACCUGAUGGGAAAGGAGCAUCUGUGAAGGAAGAGACCAGGAGACACCCUGAGACAGGGCUUUUCACACUCCAGUCGGAGCUGAUGGUGACCCCAGCCCGGGGGGGUGCUCCCCGCCCCACUUUCUCCUGUAGCUUCAGCCCCAGCCUUCCCCGGCGCCGAGCCCUGCACACGGCCCCCUUCCAGCUUACUGUCUGGGAGCCUGUGCCUCUGAAGGAGGUCCAGUUGAUGGUGGAGCCAGAAGGUGGAGCAGUAGCUCCUGGUAGUACUGUGACCCUGACCUGUGAAGCCCCUGCCCAGCCCCCUCCUCAAAUCCACUGGAUCAAGGACGGCACACCCCUGCCCCUUCCCCCCAGCCCUGUGCUGCUCCUCCCUGACGUAGGGCCUCAAGACCAGGGCACCUACAGCUGUGUGGCCACCCAUCCCAGCCACGGGCCCCAGGAAAGCCGUGCUGUCAGCAUCAGCAUCAUUGAAACAGGCGAGGAGGGGCCAACUGCAGGCUCUGUGGGUGGGUCGGGGCUGGGAACCCUAGCCCUGGCCCUGGGGAUCCUAGGAGGCCUGGGGACAGCCGCCCUGCUCAUCGGCGCCAUCAUGUGGCGAAGGAGGCAACAACGAGGAAAGGAGCGAAUUCUCCCCGAUACUCCUCCCCAGGAAGGUCCCAGAACACCAGGAGGAGGAGGAGGAGCGUGCAGAGCUGAAUCAGUCAGAGGAGCCUGAGGCAGCCGAGAGCAGUGCAGGAGGGCCUUGAGAGGCCCACAACCAGACCCCGUCCAUCAGCUUCCUUUUCUUUUUCCCACACUAUGUUCUGGCCCCAGACCAGUUCUCCCCUGUAUAACCUCUACCCCACCUCGCCAAACUGUCUUCCACAACCAGAGCCUCCCAGUGAUGAGUAAACACCUGACACAUUUUGUCCCA